AUGCAGUUCAAGUUUCUCGCCGUUGCAUCCAUCGCACUCUCGACCGCCGGACCGGUGGCCGCUUUACCCGCCGGCGUAACCGUCAAUGCCAACGCCAUCGUGAAGACGGCCGUUGACCUCUCCAGCCUCACCACCAAGACUGUCGACCUGCUCAAGACGGCCAAUACAGGCAACAUCCUCUCCGUCCUGCCGAAAGUCACGGCCAACAUCAAGUCCAUCACAAAGACUGCCCAGGACAGCGUCAAGGCCAUCCAGAGCUCCGCGGACCCCAAGUUUGCGGCAAACGUGCAGUAUGACAUCUGCAAGACAUACAACUCUUUGAUCAAAGUGGAGAAGAGCCUCGCGCAGAGCCUCAUUGACCAGAAAUCCCUCGUGACCCCGAUCCUGGCUUUGCCCCUGAAUCUCGCUCUCGCUCCCAUCAAGGGCGCCCUCUCCGAUCUCACCAAGACCGUCGGCGGGCUCGUGCCUGUGUGCAACGUUGACCUGAAGACCAACCAGAAGACGCUCGACGACCUUUUGGCCAAGGUUAACUCGCUGUACAAUAUCCUGAAGCUUAUCGGCUUCUAA